UUUCCGGUGGCAGUCGGAAGGGAAAGAGGUAGCUGUGAACCCAACUGGCUAGCAGAUGACUAGAUACACUUGUGGCUAGCAAGAUGCAUGUGCACUACCAUAAUGAAUCAUUUAAUGAGGAAGAGACAAGUACAACAUCUGCUGCAUCUGUGGAGGUGCAGUACGCUGAGAUGGGUCUCCAAUGUGAAUCCAGAUCAUUUGCCAGGUGAAGACUUUGUAUCUCAUUCUGACCAGACUCGUAUGAACCCCCUCAAUGUCCAAAUGUUGUCUAAAAAUCUUCACUCACAAAUCUUUCAAAAUGUUGAUGUCCAGUAUUUGAAGGAAGACAUUCAAAGAAGCAUUGAGCAUCUGAAAACACAUGAUCUAUGGGGAAAAGAGACCACUAUCAUUCCUGAUGUAGAAUUACAUCUCCCAAAAAUGUAUGGUAGCAACAUUGAUGAACACUUCAGACUUCUUGCACAAAAACAGAGUUUUCCUUACCUAGACGUUGCAAAUGAACUUCUAAAGUGUAAGCUUCCCCAGAUGCCUAAAGAGUGGCUGUACAAGGCAGGUUGGACCAAAUAUGGAGCAGAUGAUAAGUAUCAUGUAGAUUUCCCUGAUGAGCGUGCAUUGGUAUUUGAUGUGGAAGUGUGUAUGUCUGAAGGUACCUGUCCAACACUGGCAGUUGCAGUGUCUCCUACAGCCUGGUACUCUUGGUGCAGUAAACGGCUGAUAGAAGAGCGUUAUACCUGGUCAAGUGAACUGAGCCUGGCAGAUCUUAUCCCUAUGGAUACUUCUUUGAACAACAAUCCUCCUGCUAAAGGAGACUGGUUAGAGAAGCUGGUGGUUGGUCACAACAUCAGUUUUGACAGGGCACGUAUUAAGGAACAGUACCUCAUUAAGGGUUCGAAGAUGAGAUUUCUUGAUACCAUGAGCAUGCACAUGGCCAUCUCUGGCUUGACUGGAUUUCAGCGUAGCCUCUGGAUGGCCAGCAAACAAGGUAAACGUCGAGGACUGCAAGAGGUCAAGGAGCAUAUCAAGAAGAUGCGGAGUAAGACAGAGGGACCAGCGCUUGGUGCAUGGGACUGGGUGGAUAUUAGCAGCAUCAACAACUUGGCAGAUGUGCAUGCUCUUUAUGUUGGUGGGCAGCCACUGGUAAAGGAUCCUCGAGAGGUUUUUGUGAAGGGUAGCAUGAAGGAUGUCAGAAACAACUUCCAGGAUAUGAUGAAAUACUGUGCUCAAGAUGUUCAGGCAACACACGAAGUGUUCCAACAGCAGUUGCCAUUCUUCAUGGAGAGGUGCCCCCACCCAGUAACAUUUGCAGGGAUGCUAGAAAUGGGUGUCUGUUAUCUACCUGUCAAUCAGAACUGGGAACGGUAUCUAGAUGAGGCACAAGCAACCUAUGAAGAGUUACAGAGAGAGAUGAAGAAAUCGCUUAUGAAUUUGGCCAAUGAUGCAUGCCAGCUGCUUCAUGAAAACAGAUACAAAGAGGAUCCCUGGCUUUGGGAUUUGGAGUGGGAUACCCAAGAGUUCAGGCAGAAGAAAAGUGUGAAGAAAAAAAAGAAACAAGAAAGUAGUGAUACCCCAGACAUUUCUAAAAGCACUUCAGAUAAUGAUCUGGAGGAAGAUUCUGGGCCACCUACUGAAGAGGAAGAGAUGAAGACCUCGACCAGCAAACUGUGUUUGGAGAAGCUGAAGGAAACUGUAGCAUUACUUCCAAAGAAGCGUCAGCAUUUGCCAGGCCACCCAGGUUGGUAUCGCAAGUUAUGCCUAAAGAUGAGUGACCCUGCUUGGAUGCCAGGACCCAGCCAAAUAAGUCUCCAGAUGAGAGUGACACCAAAGCUAAUGAGACUUACCUGGGAUGGUUUCCCACUCCACUACUCUGAGAAGCAUGGCUGGGGAUACCUUGUACCAGGGAGAAAAGACAAUCUAAUGACUGAACCUACAGAGCCUGAACUUCCAUGCUGUCCAUACAGAGCCAUUGAAAAUGUGUACAUGGAGCACUGUAGGAAGAUAGGGAAGGAGAAACCAGAUUCUUUUGUACCAGAUGAAGACUUCAUUCUGACAGACACUGCUGUGUGGCAAAAGGUUGAAGAACUGAGCAGACUGGAGAGCAUAGAAAAUGGGGAUGAGAUCCAGAGCAGUUUGGACUCCAGGAAAAGAAGCAGACAAAAGUCUGAUGAGCAGGAAGAAUAUAUUGGCUUAGAAGAACAGAACUGUGAGAGUAAACCAUCAUAUCACCAUGGCAAUGGUCCGUACAAUGACGUUAAUGUUCCUGGUUGCUGGUUCUUUAGGCUGCCACACAAGGAUGGGACAGAGUACAAUGUGGGGAGCCCAUUUGCAAAGGAUUUUCUCUCCAAAAUGGAAGAUGGAACCUUGCAGGCAAGUAUUGGAGGAACAAAUGCCACAAGGGCACUUGAGAUCAACAAGAUGAUUUCCUUCUGGAGAAAUGCCCAUAAACGCAUCAGCUCGCAAAUGGUAGUAUGGCUAAAGAAAGGAGAAAUGCCCCGUACAGUUACAAAGCACCCUGAUUUUGAUGAAGAUAUUAAAUAUGGUGCCAUCCUCCCUCAAGUGGUUACAGCAGGAACAGUGACUCGUCGGGCAGUGGAACCCACAUGGCUAACAGCAAGCAAUGCUCGGAAUGACCGAGUAGGCAGUGAGCUUAAAGCCAUGGUGCAGGUUCCCCCAGGAUAUCACCUCGUUGGAGCAGAUGUGGACUCUCAGGAACUGUGGAUAGCUGCCAUUCUUGGAGAUGCUCAUUUUGCUGGAAUGCAUGGCUGCACAGCAUUUGGUUGGAUGACUCUGCAGGGGAAGAAGAGCAAUGGUACUGACCUACACAGUAAGACUGCGUUGACAGUGGGGAUCAGCCGAGAGCAUGCCAAAAUUUUCAAUUAUGGACGGAUUUACGGUGCUGGCCAACCAUUUGCUGAAAGACUGUUGAUGCAGUUCAACCAUCGUCUGACCCACCAACAAGCAUCUGUGAAAGCAAGACAAAUGUAUGCUGCAACAAAAGGUGUCAGAAGGUAUGUAUUGUCUGAAGAUGGUGAAUGGCUAGUCAAGGAACUAAAUGUCCCUAUUGAGAGGGCAGAGGAUGGAACCAUAACCUGGAAAGACAUGCGGACAAUACACCGUGAGGCUGCUAAAAAAUCUAGAGGAAGAAAAUGGAAGAUAGUGGAUCAGCGAGUGUGGAAUGGGGGCACAGAGUCUGAAAUGUUCAACAAACUAGAAAGCAUCGCCAUGUCACCUGCACCUUGCACUCCUGUACUAGGCUGCUACAUCAGCAGAGCCCUGGAACCAGCAGCUGUAAAAGAUGAGUUCAUGACAAGCCGAAUUAACUGGGUUGUUCAGAGUUCGGCAGUCGACUACCUACACUUGAUGCUGGUAUCUAUGAAGUGGCUUUUUGAAGAAUUUGAUAUUGAUGGCAGAUUCUGCAUCAGUAUCCAUGAUGAGGUGCGAUAUUUGGUAUGCAGUGAAGAUCGCUACAGAGCAGCACUUGCACUACAGAUUGCAAAUUUGUUGACUCGCUGCAUGUUUGCUUUCAAACUUGGGAUGCAGGAUCUACCACAGUCAGUAGCUUUCUUCAGUGCUGUGGACAUUGAUCAAUGCCUGCGGAAAGAAGUGACUAUGGAUUGUGUUACUCCAUCAAAUCCCAAUGGGCUUCACAGGCGAUUUGGCAUCCCACCAGGUGAAGCAUUGGAUAUUUAUCAGAUACUUUCGAUUACAAAAGGCACACUUGCAAGAAAACAUUAAGCGGAACAAUGCCUGCAAAAAGCACCCCACCUUCCUUUGUUUAUUUUGCAAUGUAACUCCAUGCAAACAACCACAAAAACACAGUAAAUAGUUUAAAAGAGCCAAAUAUUUAUUUACAAAAUGUACAUGUUUAAAUCAGGUAUUGUUUGUAUUAACAGAGGACAUGUAGAGUGGGCAUUGACUUGGCAGGCCCACCCCUUUCAUUUCGUCCUUUUUGGUUCUUCUGCCUGUGAAAAUAAAAUAUGGUGUACAUUUAUAAGGCCCAGCCUAUCACUUCUUCCUUUUCUUCUUUUUUGGUUCUUCUGCCUGUGAAAAUAAAAUAUGGUAUACAUUUA